AGGUAAAGUUGGCGGAGCGAUGGCGGUGUGCGCUCGCCUCUGCGGCGUGGGCCCGGUGAGGGGGUGCCGGCGGCGGGCGGCGCAGCGGAAAGGGACCUCCGGGGACAGCAGUGAGCCGGACACUGACCCGGAAGAAGGCGGCGGCGGUUGCGGCGACGGAGGAGGGGAGGCCUCGGAGGACGAGGCCCGCGAGGAGCGCAUCGAAGGCCCCUCGCCCGCGCCCCCCCGCCGCGCCCCGCUCUCCCUCCUCGAGCUGCCCCCCGAGCUCCUGGUCCAGAUCUUCGGCUCCCUGCCCGGGCCCGACCUGCCCAGCCUGGCCUGCGUCUGCACCGCCUUCCGCCGCCUCCUCCGCACAGACACCAUCUGGCGGCGCCGCUGCAAGGAAGAAUAUGGUGUCUGCGAGAACCUGCGGAAGCUGGAGAUCACAGGAGUGUCGUGUCGAGAUGUCUACGCUAAACGUAUAAACCCACGGGUGAAGUCAGGGCGUUUUAUGAAAAUCCUUCCCGACUACGAGCACAUGGAAUACAGAGAUGUUUACACCUGCCUACUCCACCGGUACCGGCACAUCCUGGGGCUGUGGCAACCGGAUAUUGGACCUUACGGGGGGCUUUUGAAUGUGGUGGUGGAUGGAUUGUUCAUCAUUGGCUGGAUGUACUUGCCCCCCCAUGACCCUCACGUGGACGACCCCAUGAGAUUCAAGCCCCUCUUCCGGAUUCAUUUAAUGGAGAGGAAGUGUGCCACGGUCGAGUGCAUGUAUGGCCACAAGGGACCCCACAGUGGGCAUAUCCAGAUUGUGAAGAGGGAUGAGUUUUCAACCAAAUGCAACCAGACAGAUCAUCACCGUAUGUCGGGAGGAAGGCAAGAGGAAUUCCGGACCUGGCUGCGAGAGGAAUGGGGGCGGACCCUGGAAGACAUCUUCCAUGAACACAUGCAGGAGCUCAUCUUGAUGAAGUUCAUCUACACAAGUCAAUACGACAACUGCUUGACGUACAGGCGGAUCUACCUCCCUCCACGAAGUCCUGACGAUCUCAUUGAGCCCGGCCUUUUCAAGGGAACGUAUGGGAGCCACGGUCUCGAAAUAGUCAUGCUCAGCUUCCACGGGAAAAAAGCCAAAGGAACAAAAAUCACUGGUGACCCCAACAUCCCAGCAGGACAGCAGACGGUAGAGAUCGACCUGGCACAUCCCAUCCGGCUCCCGGAUAUUGAAAGCCUGAGUAACUUCAGCGAACUCUCCCGGAUUGUCCUGGAAGUGCAAGAGCGGGUGCGGCGAGAGCAGCAGCAACAGCAGCAGGAAGAGGAAGGCCUCCUCCAGGGAGAGAAGGGUCAGGAGGAGGAGGCGCUUCAGCCGGGGGCGGCUGUGCCGGAAGGGGAUGGAGCAGAGGCCCCAGCCGAGGAGGAAGAGGGGGCAGCUGCCCAAGCGCCUUCACCUUGCCCUUUUGUCCUGCCCGGUGGCAUUGCCUCCAGGAACGAAGAUUAUCCUCGGACCUGCAGAGCAUGCUUCUACGGCACGGGCCUCAUCGCCGGCCACGGCUUCACCAGCCCUGAGCGGACGCCGGGCGUCUUCGUCCUGUUCGACAACGACCGGUUCGGCUUCAUCUGGCUGGAGCUGCAGUCCUUCAGCCUCUACAGCCGGAUCAAGGUCUCCUUCCAGAACGCGGAGGCUCCCUCCCAAGAUGCCUUUGACGAAAUGCUGAAGAACAUUCAGUUGCUGACCUCCUGAUGCCGGCUGCCUGGGAGCUGAGGGGUGGGGGGAGCAGCGAUCCGCGUUUUCGCCUUUCCCAUAUUGCGAUGAGCCUCGGAGCGAGAGACAGCCGCAUGCACUUCUCCAUAUGGCCUUCUUCUUCUCCCCAAAACGUGCUCACACACGCUCCUUAGCACACUAACCGUACUUCCCCAGUAUAUGUAUAGUUUGUAAUAUAGCUCUGUAUAUUUGAAGGGCUGCCGAAUGAGGCAGCAGCUUCGCAUGCUUGUGUUGGAUUUUGGGUUUGUUUGUUUUGUUUUUUUGGGAUUUUUUUGCAGACAUCCCCGUCCCCCACCCCUCAAUUUAAAUUAAGACAAAUGAGUCCAUAUCCUGGCAUUCAGUGUAGAUAAUCCAAGUGGGAUUUGUGUGCGUCUGUAUAUUAAACGAAUUAUGGCUUUGGGAUGUUCUUCAUUCUGUCGCUUUGGGCUUCUCUUCUGAGCACGUCCUUCCGGCUUCAGAAUUGUGAUUGCUUUGUAAAAUAGUGACCUGCAAUUAACUAAUGAUGGGUUUUGGAAGUGGCUCUGUCCCUCUUUGGGCCUGGGACGUUUCUUCUUCAAAUGUAAAUACAAAAUAAAAGGCUGGAAUGGAUUUGGGGGUUGCCAGGCCCUGAAUGUCGCAAGGAUAAAAACAAUGGAGAAAGUA